AUGAGACUGUUUCCCGACGAUCAGACGCUCGCGGCCAGAUGGUUUGGAGCGAUAGAAGUUGGCUGUGGAUAUCCAGUGCAAUCUGUGAACGAUAUCCAACCGGAAAUAUGCAGUUCUCAUUUUUUGGUUUCGGACGCUGGCAGCUAUGAAGAACCAUCGAUAUUCGUGUACCGUUAUAAAAUUUCCAGGAAAAUCAGCAGCUGCAGAGCCUGCUUAGCCUUCUAUCCUAGCGAAGAAAUGCUAACUUUGGAGAGUAGGAUAGGCGAGAAAAAUAUUACGGCUCUUCUUGAAUCGAUGGAUAUGUGCAUAAGCAAGCAUCACUUUCUUCAGUUGAUUUGCCUACCAUGUGUUGCUCAAUUGGAUAUGUUAACAUCUCUUCGCAUGAAAUUUACUCAAUCAGAGCUAAACUUUCAACACUUAAUAGAGACAAGUCAGAACUUUAACAAUGAAACAGAGACAUGCUUGACGCAAGCAGAUAGUCGCCAGAGGGAAAUAAUAAUAGAAGUUGAAACAUUGGAACUUGUUGACAAGCAGGAAAAUAGAAGCGAAGAAAAUACACCGAAGGCUCAGCAAAGUCAUUCGAGCUCGUGCAGUAAACGAGUUGAACCUCCAAAACAAGAAAGUUCUAGCAAAUCUCAAACCAACAACAAUGACAAGCAGAAGAAAAACUGCUCAAUAAGUCUAACAAGUGUGAAUCAAAAAUUGGAACGAUAUUGUUAUAUUUGUAGCACAUUCCUGACAGAUUGCAGUCAAUUAAUGGUCCAUCUAACGGAAACACACACCUCCGAGACGGGUUAUAGAUGCGAGGAUUGCUCUCUGGAUAUUCAUCUGCUAACCGCAUAUAACAGUCAUCUUAGCCGACAUGACGAAUCAGAACGGUCAAUUAAAUGCAGUAUCUGCUCGGUACGAUUUGUUUCUGAUCUUCAGGUCAAGGUGCACGAAAAUAAGCUACACGGUGCACAUCAUGACGUCAACCAUUACCUGCAGAAUAAACGGCGCUUUACCGUAUGUGACCAGUGCGGAGACGUGUACGAUAAACGCAAAAUCAAAAAACACAUGGAGCAAGUUCAUCAAAUAGAUUGUCAACCGAAAUGCAACAUUUGCAAUAAAACUUUCACGGCAAAAGGAAGUCUCGAACGACACAUGCUUUCACAUACGGACGCGAAACCGUACGUGUGUGAACAGUGUGGAGCAUCGUUUCGAAGAUUGCUUUUUUAUCGGCACCAUAAGAGCAUGGUACACGAUGGGGUAAUCCCACACGUUUGCUCCGUAUGCAACGAAGUCUUUAAAACUUAUCGACAGCUUUACAACCACAGGCAGACAGUGCACUGUAACAAACCUUCUCUAUAUCAGCGCUAUAAACAGCCCGAAGUUUGUAAACUUUGUAGCUCGCGGUUUCCGAAAGGCAGCCAAUUGAUGGAGCACAUUAAAAACGUACACGCCGAUGAACAAUAUCCGACCUUGCAGUGUCCAAACUCAUUAUUCAUACGGACAAACAUGCCUGUGUAA